AUGUUAAUGCAGGUGGGUGGUCAUCAUGGAAACAGCACUACUUCUGUUGCUUAUAUGGUUACUACUGAAAGUUGUAAUGAUAAUAAUAAUAAUAAAAAUAAUGAAGGCAUUGUAUACUUCUCUUCACAUUAUAAUAACAAUAAUAAUAAUGGUGUAUCGGAGAAUUGUCAACCGAUUUUAGAUUACUUAUCAAAUGAUGUAGAAGUAAUCGAUUUAAAUAUCCCUGCUGCUGUUGUUCAUUUGGAUGAGACUAGUGUUUCUGGUACAACUAGUGUUUUAGGAGAAAAUCAAUUGACUUCAACUUUAUACGAAGUUAAUCCUCUCGCAAAUAAUAAUAAUAAUGAUAAUAAUAAUAAUUUCACUCUAACGUACUCUGAUUCAACAGAAUCCCUAUUGAAGUCUACAAAUAUUGUUACAACAAGCUCUGAACAACAAUCACUUUCAGUUAUUUGUACUGUAAAUCAAAAUGAUCAUAGCAAUAAUGAUGGUGAACAAUCGAUAUUCGAUACAGUUACAGUAUUAAACUCAACUCCAUCAGCAAUCAAUUCUGAAGUUUUACAAGAAUCUACUAUCUCCCUAGAGCUUGCCACUAGUGAUUCCAACGAUGCUUCUUUUUCAUCAUUAAACAAUGAAAGAAUAGAUUGUCUAAAAGAAUAUUUGAAUUUUAAUAAAACGCCUACUACAGAAGAAGCACUAAACAACUCUAUUGUGUAUACAUUAAAAGAUUCUUUGCAUAGUAAUGAUAAUAAUAACAAUAAUAAUGACAACAACAACAACAAUACGGAUUUGAAUAGCUCACCAUUGACAAAUAAUUAUUUAUCGGAUCUAACAUCAAAUUUAAACAACUCAUCAACAUCAUCCCCAUCAUCAACGGCAGCAGUAACAUUAACAUCUUCGAUUUGUCAAUUGCCGACAUCGGUUUAGUACUCUAUGUUGUGAUGUUUUUCUUAAGUCUUGUACAUACAUAUUCACUUCUAUGUAAUAAUAUUGCUGGUCGGUUUAUUAUUUCAAUUGUUAUUAUUAUUAUUACUAAUAUUAUUACUUUUACUACUUUUACGUCUAUUAUGUUAUCAUAUUAUCCAUUUUGAAAGUGAUUCACUGUGUGAUAUUGCAUAAUUCUUUUGGCCGAUGAUAAUGACCUAUCUUAUUGCCUGUUUUCUUUUUUUUUAAGUAUCGCUUCAUUUUUAAGCUUUCUAUGUAUAAUUUAUAUAUUUCCUAUGGGGUGUAAAAUGUAUAAUGCUGUUCAGCAUAUUAUUGUGUAUUCGUGUGUGAGUUUGUGUAAAUAAUAUGAGUACUAAUCAUGAUGAUAAUUAUUAAUCAAUAAUGUUAUUAUUUUAUAAUGGCAAUGAAAUGUUUAUUAUGCGACACACCAAAAUGUAUAACUUUAUUAUGCAAUAAUAAAUAAUAAUAAAUAAUUAUUAUUAUAGUAAAUUUGGUUUUUCCUUAUUACUAUUAUUACUAUAAUAUAUUACAAUAAUAUUUUUUUAUUCUAUUGUUUCAAUUGUUAUAUUAUUUUUAAAAAAUUAUGAUCUCACAAUUCUUCUUUUCGACAAACUGUUAUUAUAAUUUUUUUUAAACGUGUUAUCAUCUCAUGUGUACGAUUGUAGUAGUAGUAGUAGUAUCGUCAAUAAUUCCAUGAUUCAGCGCUUCAUAUUAUUUCAAUUGAGCCGACCUAGCCAUAAUUGUUUAUUUAUUUAUUUAUCUUAUUUCUCAUGCAGCAUUUAUUUUUGUUUAUUUGACAAGACAUAGUGAGUGUUUUAUUUUUAACCAAAUGGAUUGUGUUCUUCUCAUCGUUCUACAUUUCCAACAGUUAAAUAGCCCCCGCCCCCUCUUUUUUUCUUCUUUGUACUGGUUCUUGUAUAUUUGUUCUCAUUGGGUUCUUCCUCCUCAUCAUCGUGAUUAUCAACAGUCGUCAUCGUUGUCUUAUUUUCUCCUCACACUAUAGGAGGACAAGGAGGAGAAGAAGGCGGGGGUUAAGUUAUUUAAUUGAUUCGCUGUGUAAUCAUGUGUUUUUUUUCCAUAUGUCUAUGAUCACAUUAUACUAUCUGAUAAUUAUAAUCCAGUUUGUAUGAAAAUUCCGUUUUUUCAAUUUGCAUUAACUUUUUCCUUUGUUCAUAUUUAUAGUAGAAGAAGAAGUAAUGUGUUGUUAAUUCAGAAAAGAAGUUAUUUAAAUCUAUUUGAAAACUUAAACUCUAAUAUGUUUUGUC